ACCAUCUCGCAGUUGUCAAACACCACUCAAGCUCAAGUCAAAAGUGGGAAAAGUUGUGUCAGGUGAAGAAAUUUAUCGAUAUUUACAACCAACAAAUCCAUUUAAAAAAUGACAUCCAGAAGAUGGUUCCAUCCAACAAUAACGGGGAUAGAAGCAGAAAAACUGCUUCAGGAACAAGGAUUUGAUGGUUCCUUUUUAGCUCGAUUGUCUUCCUCCAAUCCGGGAGCAUUUACUCUCUCCGUGAGGCGUGGACAAGAGGUUACCCAUAUCAAAAUUCAAAACAAUGGAGAUUUUUUUGAUCUCUAUGGAGGUGAGAAAUUUGCAACCCUGCCGGAGUUGGUCCAAUAUUACAUGGAGAAUGGCGAACUGAAAGAGAAAAAUGGCCAAGUUAUCGAACUGAAGCAACCGCUGAUAUGUGCCGAACCAACAACUGAGCGGUGGUUUCACGGGAAUCUAUCCGGAAAGGAAGCUGAAAAACUGAUUCUGGAACGCGGAAAGAACGGCUCGUUUCUCGUGAGGGAAUCUCAAAGUAAGCCCGGUGACUUUGUACUCUCAGUGCGGACAGAUGACAAAGUAACGCAUGUAAUGAUUCGAUGGCAAGAUAAGAAAUACGAUGUUGGUGGAGGCGAACCCUUUUCAACGUUGAGUGAAUUAAUCGAACAUUAUAAACGGAAUCCAAUGGUGGAGACAUGCGGUACCGUUGUGCAUUUGAGGCAGCCGUUCAAUGCAACACGAAUAGCGGCAGCCGGGAUCAAUGCCAGGGUAGAUCAGUUGGUAAAGGGUGGUUUCUGGGAAGAGUUUGAGUCGCUGCAGCAGCAAGAUAGUAGAGAUACAUUCUCGCGGCGUGAAGGCUAUAAGAACGAAAACCGAAACAAAAAUCGCUACAAAAAUAUUCUUCCAUAUGAUCAUACUCGUGUUAAACUUGGUGACGUUGAUCGCAGUAUCGCCGGUGCCGAAUACAUCAAUGCUAAUUACAUUCGCCUACCCACCGACGGUGAUAUGAACAAUAUGAGUUCGUCAUCGGAAAGCUUAAAUACGGUCUCAUCGUGUCCGGCAUGUACAGCCGCCUACAUGCAAAAGAACUGUCAAAAUUGUCAAAUGUUAAACAAGACAUGCGUACAAUGUGCCAUGAAAACGGCUAUCUUGCCGUACAAUAACUGUACCACCUGUAAUAAGAAAUCUGAUACGAUGCACAAGCACAAACGUAGUGAAUCGUUAACAUCUGCGCGAAAAGACGAACGAGAUAUGUUCAAGACUUAUAUCGCCACUCAGGGAUGCUUACAGAAUACAAUACAGGAUUUCUGGAACAUGAUUUGGCAAGAAAAUACACGUGUUAUUGUUAUGACCACCAAAGAGUAUGAAAGAGGUAAAAAUAAAUGUGCUAAAUAUUGGCCAAGUGAGGGUAACACCAAGGAAUGGGGACAUGCCAAGAUAACAUGCCUUUCAGAGAGCUCAACCAGUGAUUACACGUUGCGGGAAUUUUUCUUCUCAUGGCGUGGCAAACCCGAACGUCGAAUCUUUCAUUAUCAUUUUCAAGUAUGGCCCGAUCAUGGAGUGCCCGCCGAUCCAGGUUGUGUUUUGAAUUUCCUUCAAGAUGUCAACACUAAACAAAGUCAGUUGACUCAAGCAGGAGAUAAACCUGGGCCAAUUUGUGUCCAUUGCUCGGCUGGUAUUGGCCGAACAGGAACAUUUAUUGUUAUCGAUAUGAUUUUAGAUCAAAUCGAUCGAGAAGGUUUAGAUACAGAGAUUGAUAUUCAACGCACAAUCCAAAUGGUUCGUUCUCAACGUUCUGGUCUAGUACAAACUGAAGCACAAUAUAAAUUUGUCUACUAUGCUGUCCAGCACUAUAUUCAAACUUUAAUUCAAAGGAAACGCGCUGAAGAACAGAGUUUACAAGUUGGCAGGGAAUACACUAAUAUUAAGUAUACUGGUGAAAUAGGCAAUGAUUGCCAGCGUUCUCCUCUACCACCAGCAAUAUCUAGCCUUAGUUUGGCCAGUAAAAAUGACAAUAUGCCAAAUUCACUGAAGCAACAACAACAACAAAAUCUUCCACCACAACCAGCACCAAAACAACCGAUGCGGUAUCCAGUCAACGAGGCAAAUUUACUUGCCAAUAAGCAACACAACAACGAUAGCUCAGCAGCUAUAGCAACGGCAGCAUCGAAUGCCAGCAAUCAGCAACAACAACAUCAUCACCAUCAAACAGCCUACGAAAACAUUCCCAAAGACAUGAGGCCACCGCCUCCUACACCACCGCGUAAAACAUGACAGUUAAAUUUUUAAAGUCAUUUUUUUUAUCUUAUUUUUCAAAAAAAAAAAAAUUGUUUCUAAGAAAAGGAGAAAGAAAAACUUAUGUCCAAGAACUCCUCAAAAAAAUUCCUCAGUUUUCUUAAAUAUUUUCUGUCCUUUUUACGCACCAUUUUUUUUUUGUUUAACCUAAAAUAAACACAAAUCCCAAAAUUAGCUCGCCUCUCACACUUGUCCCAACUCCCCUCAUAAGUAUGUAACUUUCUCUUUGUAUUUUUUUUUUUUUUUUUGGUUUUAAGAUUAUUUUUAUCAAUAAAAUUGUAUAGAAUACGCUCCAUAGGGAUAAAAUCCACUUGGCUGUUAUAACUGUAACGUAGAUUUACCUGCAAAAUGAAAAUCAAAACAUAAAAAAAAUUAAAAUUAAAAGAAAAAAACAAUGUAAUUGAAUUUAUAAAUAAAAUAGUUGGUUAAAAUUAAAUUGUAAAAAAAAAGAAACUAAUAAGUGUUUUGAGUCAGCUUAGUUAACAACAAAAAAUUUAAUGUUGAGAUCAAAAUAAAGUAUUGAGUUUGUGCUCUGGCAAGUUAUUAAUUUAAAAGAUCUGUUACUAUUCAUGUUAAGUUACAUUCUAUGUUUAAUUUAUUGUUCUUGGAGAAUAUUGUCUGUUACAAAAUAUAGUUCUUACCUGAUAAGCAAAGAUACUGUACAUACAAGUAGAAGAUAAAAAGUCAAAUUUAUAUAUUUUUGUCUGAUACUUGCCUGAUUUGCGGCGAACAUUCAGGAUCCUCAAAAUUAUGUCUCCUUUCGACCAGUUUAAACGUCCAAGCAUCGGCUUUAGCUUCUUCUUUGAAGUUAAUGUUACUUACAUUUCAUCUGAAACAUUGGACCUGAGAUCUUAAAAACUCUUGGCUCAAGACGCUGACUAACGUCCUAGAAAAUAUGAAUGUCUGAAUUCCUUGAAGAAUUUUUCUUCUUUUCUUAGCGCCAUUAAGCGGGAUUGUGUGGAAAACUUUUUGGCAGAGGCAGAGCAAACAUUUCGUCUUUUGAAUAACGAAAUUAUUUCCUAGAGUAACUCUUCGACUGAUCUUCCAAAAUAGCUUCGAAGGACGUAUUUUGUUAUAUGAGGCCUUGAAUUGUAUGAAAAGAUCGACUUGAGCCACAAGAUGAUUUGAUCUAUGGUUUAUUUGACUUCCAAAAAGCCACGCGCGCUGGUUUGCCACAUACUGCUUCGAAGUUGUUCUUAAGUCUUUUCGAAGCUUUCAUGCUGGGCGCCGGGAUGGGAUCAUGAUUGAAAGGAGAAUUGCUUUCUCUUUAUAAGUUAAAUGCUUCAAUUUGCUAUUUAAAAGAGUUUCUGUUCAAGCUUUUUUCCCGCAACCCGCUGCAUAUCACUUCUAUAAAAGCUUGAGGUGUUGCUUUGAUUGAAUUUCCUACUCCUGCUUGCUCCUGACUCAAUACUUUGGUGUUCAAUUCAUCAUCAUAUCGCUAUUGUGGGUUUCGAACACAUCCUUGUAAUUGGGACCAAUGCAUUUUGUGGUAGGCAAAGAGUUUCUCGUUCAUGGAAUCAUUGUAAAAAUUUUAGAUGCAUUCUUUGUUGCGCCUAAAGAAUGGUCGUGAUUUUGAAGUAAGUGGUUUUGAUUUUGAAAUUCUUUCAGACCUAUACAGUUUCAUUUCUAAUGUUCUGUAUUUGUUUGUCGCCAAACUCUAUAGCAACUUAAGUUUCCUUUCAAUUUGAAUUUGAUGAUUAAUCGAACCUGGUGACGGAACAAUGAACUUUUCCAAGUUGUAUUAUGUGACUUUUAUGAAUUUACAUUAAAAAAGCCCAAUUUUAUCUGUAAUUUUAACGAAAUCAAGUCUUUUUGGGAAUAGUUAAGGAUCUACAUCCAUAAAUCAGGCUUUAUAAAUUAUACAUACAUAAAAAUAUACUAUUUCUUAUAUUGUGGUACCUUCUUUACACACCAUGCCACAAUUACUUACAAAAAAAAAUUUGGUUAUUUCUUAACUUAAAUUCCAUUUUCUCGAUGAUGGCCAGACAGUUAGAAUGAUUCCAUUUUUAUAUAAUUACAGAAAAUGGGCAUCUUUCUUAUUUACUUAAGCGGCGGUACUCCUUAAAAUGGAUUUGAUUACAACAAAAAUAAAUUCAAACGAAUACGUCGUCGUGUCAGCAAAAUAAUUUUCGGUAUGUAAAAAAAUUUUGUUACAAAAAAAAAGCUGUUCCCCGUUCGUGCGUUCGUUCGUUCGCUCGCUCAGACUAGAUCCAAUAAGCAAUAAAGCGGGAGUUUGAGAUGAAUUUCUAUAGUCGUACGAUGGCGACACGUGUGUUAAAAAGUAUGCCUCUCUAGAGCACACACAAAAACAUCUCAGAGCCUAGAUUUAAAAUAUUUAGACUGCUUGCAGGUAAGAAUUUCAAAAAAAAAAAGGGAAAUUAAAAAAGAAAUAUAUGUAAAUAAUGUAUAUUUAAAUAACAC